AUGCCCCUUAUUGAACCUCAUGGGGCCGAAAAGUGGUGGAGUCCAGAAUCUCUGCGUGAGAUGAAUUUCAAAGAGGAUGAGAAUCCAUACGAUGUACCUGAUGAUCACCCUGCUGCGAAGCUUCAAAUCACUACGAAAGCUGUGAAGGAAUGGAUCUUUGCCCUACGCGUGGAUCCUGUAACUAAGGGUGUGCGUUUGGCUAAGAUGUGGAAGCGGAUUUUGCUACGUCGGACAUUCUCCAGUCAAGUGCCUUUCAACGAUGGUAGGAAGAUCUCAGACCAGCUUCCCCGAGUUCAAGGAGCACUGAUCAACUGUACCCAUACACCUACGGAGCAAACGGUGUAUCAAAAAAUGGAAGAUGCUCUCACUGGGAAACUCAUUGUCGCUGGGUCUGGGUCUACUAACCAGCGCAAAACCAAGUGGUCUUUAGGCAUCCACCGGCAACUAUCUCUGUUAUCCAUGUGGUCCGGCCUCCCUCAAUUGGACAAUGACUUCAAUCUAAAGGCAACCAACAUGAAGGCCACUUUAGAAAGGAAGAGCUUCUAUAUGGAUUUCCAAGGGCCAGGAGGUUGA